CCGAGGAAGAAGUCGGGCAGUACGCCAGCCAGCCCCAUCACGGACGGUGGUGUCAGAUUUGACGGAAUCAGCUGCGACGCCUGUGGUCUCCGCGACAUCUUGGGAGUUCGCUGGAAGUGCGAAGUGUGCACUAACUACGACCUGUGCUUGGCUUGCUACAUGGCCGGAAGGCACACAACGCACCCCUUCAUGCGCUUCGACUGGCGUGGUCACAGGGGCAUAAUGGUGCCCCCCCGACAACCGUCAACUGGCAUCGAUGCUGGUGGCAUGGUACAUGAAGGAAUCUGCUGCGAUGCUUGUGACGAGCGUGGAAUUUUCGGCCCGCGUUGGAAGUGUCUGUUGUGCUAUGACUUCGACCUGUGUGGCGCCUGCUACAUGGGAGGCAGGCACAGCCAAGAGCACGCCUUCCUGCGCCUCAACAUGCCCGGUGGUACCGCAACGAGGGUGCUUCCUAGGAGGACAACGGCCAGGACACAACUGAGCUAUCUUGCACCCGGAGGCGUCAGAUUCGACAAUAUUUGUUGUGACUCCUGUGGUCAUGGCAGUAUUUUAGGAGCACGCUGGAAAUGCGACGUGUGCGCCAACUACGAUCUGUGUGCCGCUUGCUACCUGUCCGAUGUACACAACCUUGAUCACGCCUUUGUGCGCUUCGACAGGCCCGGUGGUAGAGGGAUUAGAGUGCGCCCGAGGAAACAGUCAACUGAGGCGGGGUUGAAGGCCAUUCUGCAUGGAGGAAUCUACUGCAACGCUUGUGGCGAGCUCGGAAUCCUCGGCAAGCGCUGGAAGUGCCAGUUGUGCAUCGACUUUGACCUCUGUACCACCUGCUACAUGGCGGGCAAGCACGACCAAAAACAUCCAUUCCUACGUAUUGACAAGGCCGGCGGCAUGGCGGUUAGGGUGCCUCCAAGAAAUACAAAUGGCAGGCCACAAGUGAGCAGUUCUGCGACUGAAGCUGUCAGCUUUGACGGAAUCAUAUGCGACGGCUGUGGACAGAGAGCGUUUGCAGGGGCGCGCUGGAAAUGCGGCGUGUGCGCCAACUACGACCUGUGUACAGCUUGCUACUUCUCCAACAAGCACAACUUCGGCCAUGGCUUUGUGCGCUUUGAUAGGCCUCAUGCUGAAGGAAUCAGGGUUUCCCCGAAACGAGAAUCGGCCGAUUGCAUCUCUCACCCAGGAAUCAACUGCGACGCCUGUGGCGAGCGUGGAAUCGUCGGCACACGCUGGAAGUGAGAGUCAUGCUACGACUACGAUCUGUGCACUCCCUGUUAUGCGCGAGGCGAGCACUACGAAGAGCACUCGUUCCUGCGCCUCAACAAGCCUGGUGACACUGC